AUGGGCGCUGUAAAUACGCUAGUUAUUGCUUCUGCAGAUGCUGCUCUGGAGUUAUUCAAAAGUCAUGAUCAGGCUUUUAUCAAUCGUCAUCCAAUCCAGGCGCUGCAACCAUCAAAUGAAGAUAAUCAUGGGACUCCAUGGGAUGUUAUGGAUCUUGAAUCUGCAACUGGGAAUGAACUCUAUCAACUGCUUGAGAAGAUUGGAGUGUUAUCUACAAUGCCUAAUAUAGCUGAUUUCUUUCCAUGGUUACGAAAUUUAGACCCACAGAAUUUGGCCAACCGGACGAUGAAUGCAGUCAACGCAUGUGCAGACAUUGUUGAUGGCUUUGCAAAGGAGCGAAGGAUAACGGAUGCUAUCCGCAAUAACAAGGAGGAGAAGGAUUAUUGGGAUUUGUUGAUCGACUUCGAAGGCAAUGGCAAAGAUGAACCAAGGAAACUGUCUGACAGACACAUUAACUGGUUUAUAACGGAAAUUUUUAUUGGUGGAACCGAUUCACUAAUCAAUUCCAUAGAGUGGGUAAUGUCAGAAGUUGUUCGCAAUCCUGAGGUAAUGAGGAAGGCCAAAGACGAGAUUGGCCAAGUUGUUGGUUAUCAUAGAAAGAUCGACGAAAGUGAUUAA